UGAUUGUCGGCCACUUAUUGACAGCGUGCAUUUGGCAGUUUCAUAUCAGAGAGUGGCGGUGACACCCCUCUUUCCCUUGAUUCCAUUGUACUACUCACCCUGGCAACACGCCAACAUGCAAUGGAAAUCGGCGCCGCCUGAUAUCCAGGAACAUGCUGUCGGACCGCAACACGCCUGCCACAAUGACGAGAAUUGCCCUUAUCGAGAAGAGCUGGAUAGCGUUCAAGAGAUAGCAGCCGCAGAGAACGAGCGAGCCAACCGGUUGAGCGAGGAAGUCCAGAAUGAAAAAGAACGCAGCUCGUCACUGGAGCGAGAGGUGCAAAGACUGGAACAGAUUGCAGGGGAACAGAGAAGUGAAGCAACCAGGCUAGAAGAAUUAGCCGUCGAGGCCCAGAAGGAGAGAAACAUUGCCAAUGAGAAGGUGCAACGGCUUCGUUGUAAGGUGGAGAUGUCCAAGCAGGAGGUCGAUCGUGCAUGCCGCCUUCUCGAAAGCACCAGAAUGGAGCUAGAUCAAACUCGCCGGCAAUUUGAUGCCGCUAUGCAAGAGCGCGCAUCGAUGAAAGAGCUGUUGGAGACACGUCGAAUGGAGGCCGACGCUGGAUUUGCAUACUCCAAUACUGCCGAUGCGUGCUCAGAGCAGGACAUCGUCCGGCUUGUCAAGUCCCUGAACUCGGAGGUAUUCCAGGUGGUGAAGGGGCUCGUUGAUUCUUUCGCUGCUGGCAGCCCUGAAAGUUCAUCGCAGCUCGCUGAGGAACGCGCAGUACGGCGUGUUGGAUCGUCAAUGGUGGAAAUUCUCCGCGGGUCCCCUCGUGAUGACACAAUCAUACUCGAAAUUGCCCUGCAGCAGACGAUCGUCCUCAUCCUUCAGGGAAUCAUAUCAGCAUGGGACCCACUCACUCUCGACAAAAAGCCAUUCGAUGAGAUUUUCAAUCGAAUGAUCCGUCUCGAGAACCAGAGUGUCGCAGGACGGUGGCGAGCGCUCACGCGCAAAUACCUGCAGCCCACUUCCUCCGAGGAAAACCACUGGGCUGCAAACUAUAUCCAACGACUCACCAAAUACGUGACUUCGAUACUCAUCGUCGCCGGAGGCGACGGCCACGUCCCAGGACACGUCGAAGAGAGCCUCGGCGUACUCGUGCGCAUGGCCAUCCAGCUCCGCAGCAUGAUCGGAGAGCGCACUGUGGGGAGCAACUAUAGCAUCAUUCUCGUUAAAUCCAAUGUGACAUUCGCGCCAGCGGUGAUGGAAGACGGGUUUGCAGACAAGAUCAAACCGGCGCAAGCGGGUGAACCUGUACUUUGUCCGUACGAGCUGGGCUUGAAGCGGAUGGAGAAGGACGCUGACACGAAGGGCGUUCAUGAGGUAAUCCUAGUGAAGCCGAAGGUCAUUCUGGCCAGCUUUAUUAGCGAGCUGCAGUUGAAUAGCGGUGAGGGCUCACAAUGAGUUUUUCAGUCCGCACGUAGUUUGCCUCCCUUGCAAUUAUGUCAGUACAUAUACGACAAAGAAAUUCGCCAUGAUAUGACUCUCCUUUCUAACUAAAAACCACCUUCCUCCAGUUCUGCAGGCUUGCUCUCGGAGAACAAGUUUGGCUGCUUCCAUAGGACCGAGCACACACAUGUAUAUUAUGUCUACUUCUUGUGCACCUGGAACGUUUCGUUGUCACUUACCGAUGAUGGCUGAAGGACACUGUGGGCAUCAAUGUUCAAAACUGC